AUGUACGUGGCCGACAUUGACAUUGUGCCGCGCAACUAUGGCCUUGUCGUGUCGUUGUUCGUCUUCGUCACCCUGGCCUUGCUGGCGGUCAUCAUGAGGAUCUACACACGAUUAUCCUUGGUGCAAAAUGUUGGCGCAGACGAUGUGCUGAUUGUGCUCGCCGCCCUGGGCACUCUUGGCUUCCUCAUAUCCGUCAUGGAGCAAAUCCGAUAUGGCUUGGGCGACGGAGUCGACUACGCCGUGCUCCCUAACUUCCUGCAGUCCCUCUACUCGACCAUCAUCGCCUACACCGUCACCCACUUCUCCGUCAAGUUCAGCAUUCUCUUCCAGUGUCGCCGCAUCUUCAAGGUGCAGACGGCCCAGCGCCUCUUCCUCGGCCUCAUCCUGUAUCUGGCCGCGUAUGGCGUAUUCUGCUUCUCGAGCACGGUGAUCACGUGCUGGCCGAUUGCAAAGUACUGGAAUGACAGCAUUGCGGGCGGUUGCAUCGACCGCAUGACGCUUCAUUAUGUCUUUGCCGGCAUCAAUAUCUUUAACGACAUCUUGCUGCUCGUCAGUCCGAUGCCGUUUUUGAGCGGGAUCCAGAUUGCGAGGAGGGCUAAAUAUGUGCUCAUUGGUGUCUUUGCGUGCGGUGGCUUUGCCUGUAUCGUGGCCAUCAUCAGGCUUCACGCGCUGUACAUCAACAACUCGUCACCCAUCAACUUGCAGCCCGUCACUGGUGUCGACAUUGCUCUAUGGUCAGGUCUCGAGAUCAACGUCGCCAUUCUCUGUGCCUGCGUGCCCGCCCUCAAGCCGCUCUUUGUCCGCGUCUUCCCUCGUCUCAUCACAUCCUUCUCAGACUCGGCCAAACGGUCCCGUGAGAACGAGUUGCCGUCCCGUGAUAGGUCAGGCAACAUCCAUCUCCGCUGCUUCGAGCAGAAGCGUAACGUACAUAUCCAUUCCGACGACCGCACACUGGUGGAGCCGGAGUACGACGAGGAGCGCGGUCAUCACAUCAAGCGCGUCUCCCACGCCGGCGGUAUCGAGAUCAAGGUGCAGAGGGACUUUGAGGCAAGCUCGGCGAACAACCGUGACGAGGAAGAUGGAUUGACAAAGAUCGUGGCGUCCAGUCCGAGCUGGCAGCUGCGUGUGUCUGGCGCGGGCAAACGCGACUCGCUAUACCAACCGCCUGGAAGUUGA